GACGUCAUAGAAAAAUAGAAGUAGAACGGAUCUAACAGUAAAUAGUGAAAAAGAAGCGUUGAACUUUGUGUUUAUUCAAGUUUCUUUGAGUACGAGAGAUUAAAAAAAGUUUAUGAGUGCAGUUUGGGCGGCUGUAGAGAGUCUUUCUUUGGGACCCCUACUGGUGGCGAUCGUAGCUGCAUCCGCGGCAGUAAUUAUUUAUUAUUAUGUUAAUCGGGACGAUGAGGAGGAAACGACAGAGAACACAGAGGACACCGCCGGCUCCGUAGUGUUCGCUGAUAACAAUAAAAUGAAGUUAAGGGUUAGAGUGAACAAGCAGACGAGCCGAGUGGAGCUUGAGGGACCAGAACCGACUCUGACCCAACUCAGCACCCAGGUCAAAGAGGUCGUGCUGCCUUCAGCUGGACUCAGCAAGGAUACAGAAUUUACUAUGUCUCUGAAUGGGAAAGAGCCUCUGGUGGACACAGGACAGACUCUGGCCUCGUGUGGUGUGGUAUCAGGGGACAUGAUUAGUUUAAACUUGCCUCAUUCUUUCUCUUCAUAUUCCUCUGCAUCACCUUCCUCUCACCAGACACACAACAUUUUAGCUGUUCCACAGAACAAACUGCAGAGUGCCUCUGGAUUAUUUACAUACCAGGAGUCAGGUGCCAGCAGCAGCCAUGAGAGCCCAGAGAGAACAUGUGCUCCUGAGACUGAGGAGACUGAUAUGGACAGAGAUGAGGCUGAAGAGGAAACAAUGGGGAUCUUCAUCCCUGAGCCCAUGCUGUGCUGUGAGGCUGAAGAAGGUGAGGUUCCUCACUCUCUAGAGACACUGUACCGUACUGCGCAGUGCAACAAUGCCUCGGACUGCCUGCUGUUAGCGGCCCACGUGUUACUACUGGAGACCGGCUUCCUGCCACAGGGUUGUGACGUCAGAGCCGGAGAGAUGCCCAGUGGCUGGCGUGCAACGGGUGGACUCUACAGGCUGCAGUAUUCUCACCCUCUCUGUGAGAACAGCCUGGUUCAGGUGGUUGCUGUGCUGAUGGGCCAAACACUUGUUAUAAAUGCCACUCUGAAGACAACCGGUGCAGUACAGAUUUCACAGAAGCUGGCACUGAAACCUGAUGCUUACGUGACUAAGGAGUGGGCAGGUGGCAACGCUGAGGUGGCCUACAGAGAGUUGCAGAAACUGUCUCGUGUUUUUAAGGACCAGUUGGCUUACCCACUUAUUACAACAGCUAGAGAAGCACUGGGUCUGCCUGCACUGUUUGGUCUGCCUGUUCUGCCCCCUGAGCUGCUUUUAAGGAUAAUGCGGCUGCUGGAUGUUCCUUCGAUCCUAAAGCUGUCUGAAGUAUGCAUACGCCUGCACUCUGUUUCUCAAGAUGCCUCACUCUGGAAACACUUUGUGUACCGUGACUUCGGAGCUGGCACUGAGCAGAGAGACACAGACUGGAAAGAGCUUUACAAAAAGAAAUUUCAGCAAAAGAAGACACGGCACGCAUACAGAAUGAGGCGUUACCCUUUCCAAAUUCCCCCAAUUUAUCCCCAUCACCCAGUGCCCAUCCCUCCUCUACCACUUCCUCUUUUUCCGCCCGGCAUCAUUGGAGGAGAGCAUGAUCUGAGACCUGCUUUUCCACAGGCCAUCCUGCCACGCCCACGCUAUGACCCUAUUGACCCUUUUCUAGUUCACGAACCACCUAUUGGACUUCCAUUUGGACGCCGUUUGCUGAGGCCAGGAGGAAGCCGAGCACCAGACACCAGGGGAGGCUUCACUGAAACCCACAGGAAUUAAAAAAUCUUACAAACAUUAAAAACAGGCAAACUCUCAGAGUAGCAUGCAUGCUCCAAAGACUGGCACAUGUUUUAUUAUCUCCAUAUUCAACAUUCCAGAAUCAAUUAAAUAUAUUGCAAAAAGAUAUACAUCUGGGUACAUUAUAAAUAACUAGAAAGAAGUCAUGAUUUAUCAUGAAUUAAUACUGUAAAAGACUUGGCUGUUAGGUCCAAUUUCUUCUAUUUUAUUUAUAUGAUUAUAAAAAGCUAGUUUCCAAUAAAAAAAUAAAUUAGACCAAAAAUGCAUUGUCUAUUUUUUAAAUCAAAGCAUAAAUGUCAAAGCACAGUGAAGAAAUGAAGGAAUCCCCAAUUACAGAUGAUAGGGAAUAGAAUUAAUGUACCUGUCAGAUGUCUCGUCUCUCUUAAUAUCAGCCUCUGUAGAAAUCUUUCAUGGACUUCAACUUGGGUUAGAAUCUCUUCAUAUUGCAUCACUUUAAUAAUUUUCAUUUAUUUCAGUCCAGUGUUAUUUUGCACUAGAUGAAGCUGAUCUGCCUUUUAAUUUAAGCCAACAGUUUUUCCAAAAUUUUAUUGAACAGAAAUGCUAAUUGACUAUCCGAUGCUUCUCAUGCUAUAAAGCUACUGUUGAUCUGACAUUUGCUUAAUGUCAUUUAUAUUGACACCUUUCACAAUUUGAAAUCAGUGAAAUCAUGUGUCACUGUAUAAAGCAUUAAAAUAAGAUAGCAAUGAACCUCUUCGUUUAAAGUGUAAUGGUACUGCAUUGUAAAAAAUUUUUUGGAACGUAUAUAAGUAUUUUGGAACGUGGCAAAUGCAACUCAUGCAAAACAUAAAAAAAAAUGAUGGAAAUAUUUGGUGGAAGUAAUGCUAUUUCAGUUGCAGUAUAUUCAUCAAUAGACAAUACUCUUUAAAUCUUACCACUACUAACCUUAAUAACAGUAUUCAUGCUUUCCGGCUACACCACCUUAGGAAUUUCACCUAAAGCGUUUAAAGCAUUUGCAUGCCACAAAAGCAUGCAAAGUUUGAAUUACCAAUAAGGGUCAGAAACUGGCCAACUUACCAAAACAGAUACUUUAUUCACAAUUUUUAAAUAAAAACUAUUAAAAUUGAAAAAGUUUUAAACAUUUACUCCUUUUCCAGCAGACCCGUGAAAAGACAUGGUGGAAGAAAAAGAAUUAACUGAAGCCCUAAAUUUGGAAACAGAACGGAGCUCCCCCAAAUAGAGUGCAGUUACAUGCCUUCACAAUGAACAUGCUGGAACUGGGUGACCUAUCGGGAGAGACACUGGAUCAGGGAGAUCUCAAGAGUGUUAAGAACUGGAAAUGGGGUCUACCACCCAGUGAGAUAGUUGCUGUUAGUCAGAGAUUCAUCUCACCGACAAGGACCAAAACAGAUGAACAACUGGUCGGUGACUCUGCUGUCCCCUCACAGACACUGGGCCAUUAAUGGCAGCGAGGUAUGGAGCUUUUAUCCUUGUGUGGACCAAUGAUACAGUAUGUAUUAGAAGGACGUGCGGGUGACCAGAGGCAAGAACGGGAUCCUCCACCUCCACAUCUGAUGGGAAGGUCUGUAAGGACGUGCUACCAUGAGGCUGUCUGAAAGGCAGCCAAAACGUGGAAUACAUUAUCAGAAUAACCGACUCUUUUCUCAAGGUUCUGAGACUCUACUGCACACACUCUAAAGAAAGACUGGAAGUUCUGGACUGUAGUUGUAAGCUUAGCCACCUGGUUAGCUAAGAGAGCUUCCUGCUGAUCGCUUGAUACUGUACAGUCAAGCUGGGAAGGCAGUCUACAAGGAAACUGCUUGAAACUUGGGUUCUAUAUUUACAAGACAUUGUCUCACUUCCACAUUGGCAUACCGCUAUACUCAGGACAAGGGUCUAUUAGAGCCUGCCUGAUUGGUCAGUACCCAAACAGGUAGGCCAUUGGGAAUGAGCAUCCAUCAAAUUCAUAACAAUAUAAACUGUAAUGCAACAUGUUCUGUUAUUAUAAAGUGAGACAGUGCAAACAACAGUACCUUAUACAACAACUAUUGCACCUGUAACAUUAUCUGGCUCACAAGCAAAUGCUGAUUCUUUUCUUUUUUCAAAGUGUAGACUUUCAAAAAUCUACCCUAAUGUAGAUGAUGUGUGUAAUCAAUGUAAAGGCAACAAAGCAGAGUUUCUUCAUGAGUUUCGGGUUUGUCUAAAGAUUAUAUCAGGUGGAUGUCUCCUACGCUUUGGGUCUGCCACACGACAGGAAACUAGAUAAUAUAGUAAGAGUGUGAGCUGGGACCCAGCUCUUGGAGAGCUGGGACCAAUUUUUGAUGAGUUAUUUACAUAAAUCAUUUCAUGUCUGUGUUUGAUUGUUGUGUAUAUCAUUUGCUGUCCUAUUUUUUGUAGUAAAUUGUUGUACCUUGAA